AAACACCCCAGUCCAACGUGCACUCCACGUCCUCGCAGUGACUAUUUUGCCAGAACAGCUCCGGCUAACUGGCGUGUCUGGGGGCGCCUUUAAUCCCCCGUGAAUUCUUAUAAAAUGUAAGUCCGCCCUUUUCGGGGACUCCCAGGCCCCGCCCCGCUCAUGGCGCCGGCGGAGCUCUGUGCGCCGCGGGCCUGGGCGCCAGGCGCACCUCUUGGCCGUAGUGCGGACGCGAGUACAGACAGACCCCAAACUUGAACAGACCGGGACUUAAAAAACGAGUGUGCUCAGGUUACUGGGAUGUGCUGCUGUAUGCAAAGCCGUCGGAGACUAAUGAAGGACUAGAUGCAGUCACUCGGGUUAAUUCAAUGACCGAAGCCCUGGUGGCGCCGUAGUUGAGUGCUUAGCUGCUAACCUAAAGGUGGUCGCUUGGAACUGGCGAUCUGCUUCCUAAAGAUGACAGCCUUGGAAACCCUAUGGGGGCAGUUCUGCUCUGUCACAUGGGGCUGCUGUGAGUCGGAAUCGACCUGAGGGCACACAACGACAAUUUACCGGCGAUACAUCUGUCUUUACACCAAGCACGUUUGAUGGGCCUGCUUUUCUUUCUAAAUCGUACAACCGUAUUUCUGCCUUUUGUUUUGUUCUGCAGGGACUUUUAUCGGGUUCUGUUCGCUGUAUGUUUGCUUCUGAGGACUUGUGAGCCAAAAACAGGCAAAGCCUUUAGACCCAACGUUCUCCUGAUCAUGGCAGACGACCUUGGCAUUGGGGAUCUCGGCUGCUAUGGAAAUGACAGCCUGAGGACGCCGAAUAUCGACCGACUUGCCGAGGAAGGAGUGAGGCUCACCCAGCACCUGGCAGCUGCACCCCUCUGCACUCCGAGUCGAGCUGCUUUCCUCACAGGGAGACACUCUUUCCGGUCAGGCAUGGAAGCCAGCGACGGGUACCGCGCGCUUCAGUGGAACGGGGGCUCGGGCGGGCUCCCUGUGAACGAAACCACUUUCGCCAGAGUCCUGCAGCAGCAGGGCUACACAACGGGCCUCAUAGGAAAAUGGCACCAGGGCGUAAACUGUGUGUCACGCACAGACCACUGCCACCACCCGCUCCGUCACGGGUUCGACUAUUUCUACGGAAUGCCGUUCACGCUGGUCAAUGACUGCCACCCGGACAGGCCCCCGGAAGUGGACGCGGCCGUGCGGGCGGGACUCUGGCUAUAUACGCAGGCGAUGGCUCUGGGGGUGCUGAGCCUCGCUGCUGUCAAAGCCUCUGGCUCCAUCUCCGUCCCCUGGAAAGCCGUCCUGGGCUUGGCCAGCCUCCCCGCCCUGUGUUUCCUCUCCUGGUAUGCCAGCUUCGGGUUCGUGCGUCGUUGGAACUGUAUCAUGAUGAGGAACCACGAUGUCACAGAGCAGCCCAUGGCUUUGGAAAGCGCUACCAGGCGGCUGCUAAAGGAGGCUGUUGCUUACAUAGAAAGAAACAAGCCGGGGCCGUUUCUCCUGUUCGUGUCUUUGCUGCACGUUCACAUCCCCUUCGUUACCACAAAAGAGUUCCUUGGGAAAAGUCGGCACGGCUCAUACGGGAACAGCGUGGAGGAAAUGGACUGGAUGGUGGGUAAAAUUCUUAAUGCAAUUGAAGAGCAUGGUUUGAAGAACUCAACGUUCACAUAUUUUACGUCUGAUCACGGAGGACAUUUGGAGGCGAGAGAUGGCCGUGUCCAGCUGGGGGGGUGGAACGGAAUCUACAAAGGAGGCAAAGGCAUGGGGGGCUGGGAAGGGGGCAUCCGCGUCCCCGGAAUCUUCCGGUGGCCUGGGGUGCUGCCCGCCGGCCGGGUGAUCGAUGAGCCCACCAGUCUGAUGGAUGUUUUCCCCACGGUGGUCCAGCUGGGAGGCGGCCAGGUGCCCCAAGACAGGGUGAUCGACGGCCGCAGCCUGCUGCCCUUGCUCCGAGGGUCUGUCCAGCAUUCGGCCCAUGAGUUCCUGUUUCAUUACUGUGGGCAGCACCUCCAUGCCGUGCGGUGGCACGAGAGAGACAGUGGAAGAAUCUGGAAGGUCCACUAUGUGACUCCCCAGUUCCACCCUGAGGGUGCCGGGGCGUGCUACGGCAGAGGGGUGUGCCCGUGCUCUGGAGCAGAUGUGACGCACCACAGCCCGCCCCUGCUCUUCGACCUCUCUAGGGACCCUUCCGAGUCGCGGCCCCUGACCGCCGACUCACAGCCCCUGCACGGCACCGUGAUAGCCAGGGUAGGCGAGGCGGUGGAGGCGCACCGGCAGACCCUCAGCCCCGUGCCUCUGCAGUUCUCUGUGGGCAACAUCAUAUGGAAGCCAUGGCUGCAGCCGUGCUGUGGAACUUUCCCCUUCUGCUCCUGCCACGAGGACGGGGGUGGCACCCCCGAGGGGCCAGAUUUGUGAGCGGGAACCCAGAGAAUCACGAGCUGCCC